AUGCCGUAUCAGCGAGUUCUAAUCUUCGCCUGGGGCACGCGCGGGGACGUGCAGCCGCCGCUCGCGCUGGCGCUCAGGCUCAAGCAGCUCGGCAAGGACACCACCAUGUUUGUGACACCGCCGAGCGACGGCAUGGUGCGUCAGGCGGGCAUCGAGUGCGUUGCCGCGAGCGAGGAUGUGUCUGGCAUGCUCGAGGCCUUGGCCACAGUCGACCUCUCGGAUCUCAGCUUUUGGAACCUAAUCAAGACGGUCAAGACGUUCAAGGCCUACCAAGCCACGCCCGAGUUCAAAGCCGCCCAAGCCGCCGACACAAAGGCCGGAUACGAGCUGGCCGUCUCCUUCAAGCCGGAUGUCAUCCUGCACGCCGGGUUCGAGUUCGCGUUCUGGGCCUCGGUCGGCGAGGCGCUCGGUGUCCCGGUUUUGCGUUAUGACCUGCAGCCAAACCAUCCCACGUCGGAGAUCAGCUUCUUCAAGAAAGAGGACGGCGCCCUGCCAAAGUGCCUGAACAAGCUGGCGUUCCAGGCCUUCAACAGCCAAGGGAUCGCAAAGGCGCAGCGGCCGCGGGCGCUCGAGCUGCGGGCGAUCGCCGGGCUCAGCGCCACCGCCCACCGCGACGGCUCGCCCCUGGUGCUGCCUCCCGACCUGCCGCAGAUGUGCGCCAUGUCGCCCUCUUUUGUGCCUCAGCCGACCGACUGGCCGCCGCUCAAGGAGAUGGUCGGCUACUGGAUGAUGCCGCCCUCCACCGGCUACCAGCCGCCGCAGCAGCUCACCGCCUUCUUGGCGGCGGGCGCACCGCCCGUCUAUAUUGGCUUUGGGUCGAUGAAGGGCAGCAACCCCGAGUUUUGCAAGAAGCUCUCGACGAUGGCGAUCGCCGCGCUCGCGCACGCCAAGAUGCGUGGCAUCCUGCUGGGCGGCUGGGCGGGGCUCACGGCGGCCGUCCUCGACUCAUCCACCGACGACGGUAGCCGGCUCGCCGAAUACGCGGCGGCGAACGUGCUCGAGCUCCCCUCCUGCCCGCACGACUGGCUCUUCCCGCGCUGCGCGGCGGUGGUCCACCACGGCGGAGCGGGCACCACGUCCGUGGGGCUGCGCGCAGGCAAGCCCACCAUCAUCUGCGCGGUGAUGAGUGACCAGCCCUGGCACGGCUCUCUCGUCGCCAAAAAGAAGCUCGGGCUGUACGCGGGGAUGAUGUCCAAGGUGACGGGUAGCUCGCUUGGCGAGCUGCUCACGCAGGUGGUGGCCGACCAGACCAUCGCCGAGAACGUCGCCAAGAUGGGGAAGGCGCUCGCCGCAGAGGACGGAGCCCUCCACGCGCACGAGUUCAUCGAGCGCGCCAUCGACACCUUUCAGUACCCGUGGCCAUUGAGUCGACCGGGGCCGGCGCCUUAA